AUGGUGCAAUCAGUGAUUUUAGGAUCUAUAACAACAUAUAUAACCAAGUUUCUGACUGAAGCUUUCAAUACUUAUCAUCCUGUGCAGCAGAAACUUGUUCAAGCUUAUCUGCAAGUGUCAGCUAUGGGAAAUGUGACUACCUAUGUGCAUCUCAAACUGAAUGGUUUUUUCCAGCAUUUCUUCCUGCUUUAUAUUCAGCUACUCCUUAUAUAG